CAGCUACUCAUCAUGGUUUGGAGGACUUCGUGCUACAAACUAUAAUCGACAAGAUCGCUGUUGCAAUAUCGUCACUCCCGAUGCGACAUCGCCAUUGUCGUCUCUACUGUCGUCGUAACCGCUGCACGGCGCGCUGUCGGAAUAGCCUAUUGUCUACUCCUAGACGUCUCGCCGGUUAUGGCACUACUGUCGUCGUGUCUGCUGUACGGCACGCUGCCGAUCAUGCCAACAUACACCACCCCGUUAAUGAUUGCCAAGAUGCCUGUCGAACUCCUCCGUUACUUCCCGACUGUCCCGUCGGAAGUUUGUCAUAUCCACCAGCUCUACUUCGUCGGCGAUAUCCGCGCUGGGAGGACCCCGCCGCAAGCCAAGUCGUCAAAAGCUGCGACGACUCCAGCAGUUGUGGAGGGCCAGGAGGAUCCUGUUGUCAAGAAGAAAAUGGCAACACUGUAG